AACAUGGUCAUCGUUACUAAUCAAUAACAAAACUAAAUAGGUUCAAAAUAAAUAUAUGUAGAUUACAUUUGUAGAUGAGCAAUUACAUUUACGUAUUACCACUGCUAAAAUGAAACGCUGCUAUAUAUAUAUUAACGCUGCUUAUUAAAAUGAAUAAUAACGAAUUGAUAGCGUUUAUACGCAAAGGAGUCUUGAAAUGGAACUUUGUCGAGGAUAUCUCUGAUAUUGAAGAAGAACAAAAUAAUGACACGGAAAAAUAUGACGGGCAAAAAUCUAUACUAGAAGAAAUAUUUCCUCCUAGAGUAUGGACUCGCAUUGUUAACAAUAAUAACAAGGUGAUAACUUUGAGACAAACAAUUUCCAGAGAACCGUCAAAUAGAGACGGUGUACAGAAAAUGAUUGUCAUGUUGAACCAUUUAGAACAAUUUUUUAGAUUCAAGAAAAAAGGGAUAUGCGAGAUAAGAAACUCUGUUCACAACUUAUUUUUCGGUAAUUUAAAGCAUAUACCUAUAUAUUAUACCAAUAUUAUGUAUAUUUUGUGGUUUUACAAACUCCAUAACGUUAUUAUAUAUAUUACGAAAAAGAUGAAGUUUUGA